UUUCAUUAAAAUUACGAGGCAGUAAGCAAUAUACAUUGCGGAGUUGCGGACAAUGUUUCGUGAAGAUGUGAUGUCUUGAGUGUUCUUGUUUGUUAUUUUAACAAUAAUAUGUACAAUUCUUGAAAUCAAAAUACCUACUUACGUACCUAUUUGAAUGCUAUAUGCGCCCAUCAAAUCUGGAAACAGACUUGAUGAAUUUUUCUGCUUGCGCAAGGGUGUUAACCUGGUAACAGCUUCGACCAGUGGAUAGAAGAUUACCAAAUUUGAAUUUAACGAUUUUUGUCAAAUCAAUCAAGUCUGCAAUGGAAGGACCAGUAGUGUUAUUUAUGGUGUUCAUUGGAAUUGUCAUAAUAAUAUUGUUGUCAUUGAUAGUGGCUAUAUGCUGUUCUGGCAAUUGCGAAAAUUGUUGUAAAGGAACGAGUAAUCAGAAUUAUUAUGGGCAAAGAAACCGUGGAACUAAUUAUUGUUAUAACGACAGUAGUAAUGCACAUCAUUUUGUUGGUUCAGAUUAUGGUGGCGGAGGUGGAUAUGAUGGUGGUGGUGGUGGCAGUGCAUGUGAUAGCGGUGGUGGUGGUGGUGGAUAUGAUAGUGGAGGUGGAGGAUGUGACAGUGGAGGAGGUGGAUGUGAUAGUGGAGGAGGCGGAUGUGAUAGUGGAGGAGGCGGAUGUGAUAGUGGAGGAGGCGGAUGUGAUAGUGGAGGAGGCGGAUGUGAUAGUGGUGGUGGAUGUGAUAGUGGUGGUGGAUGUGAUAGUGGUGGUGGUGGAUGUGACUAGCAGGUACUCUAGUUUACACAUGAUUGAUGUUGCAAUCAAGAUACCUGAAUAUAAGAAUCAAAGUUAUGCUACGAAUUCGUCAAAAAAAAAAUCAGAAAGUUGACGUAAGUCACAUUGGAAAUUGGAAUUACGUUGUCAUCCAUUAGAAGUCACAAUCAAUAACCUAUGGCAGAAGUAUGAAAAAUAAAGGAAUUUAACUUACUGAUAGUGGCUUUUGGGCAUUUUUUAAAAUUUUUUUUACAUGUAAACGCAUGGGCAAAUGCCCACCCAGUAAAUUUGAGUUGUCCAAAAAAAAUUUUGAUUUUCAUUCAAAAUCACCAAUCUAUCCUCAAAAUUCUUAUUUUUAAGAAGCUUUUGCCCUCGCUUGUUCGCUUGGACUAACAAUUGUUAUUUUCUAUUUCUCAAAUUAGGUAUAUUCAUAACUGUGCUUAGAAAGUAUUUUUGUUAAAACUUUCAAAAAUGUCUGUGAUGGAAAACCUAACUUUUUACAUCAAAAUUCUGCUGUUUUCUUGAAACUAUAAAUUUUGAAUAGCUUUUGUUCUCGCUUCGUACGGGCCAAUUUGAUUCACUUCUUUUGGAUUAGUAAGUAGGUAUCUCAACUUUCGGGAAACUAUUAAUGAAAUUUAGAAAAAAUUGAGAUCAGGAAAGUCAAAUUCUUACAUUAAAAUUGAUGUUGUUCUAUGUACUUUUCGAACUACAAAUUCUCCAACACUUUUACCCUCGCUUUGCUCGGGUCGAUUAAAUUCUCUUCUACGGAGUUGAAGUUUCAAAAACCUAUCAUUGCAUUUGAAAAAUGUUGAGAUCGGACAAACCGAAUUCUAUCACUAAAAUUAAUGUUGUUCUACUUUUCAAGUUACAAAAAUUUUCCAAAACAAAUUUGCAAUGCGAAAAACAGAAAAAUUCCAGAAAUACUCAUGAUGUUCGAAGCAUUAUGAAAAACACAAAUUUUUCAUUUUUUUUUUAAACAGAACCUGACCAUACUAGAUUUUUGAGAUUUUUUGAUACCGCAGCGCUCUCUGCGCAGCCCUGCUGAACCAGGUCAACGGGGCAAAACCAAAUUUUUAGGCAUGAAAAAUCGAAAUUAGAAGCAAUUUUCUGAAAUUAUUUCGUGAUGUGUGAAUGUGUGAUGAUGGUUUUAUGAAAAUAAUGGCAAAAUUACUGCUAGAGUGAAAAUUUGUUGAAAAAUGGGUCCUAAAAACCAAAAAAAAAAGUCCAUUUUUGCAUGUUUUAUUUCAAAUUUUCACUCGCAAGGAGGGCAAUGACCCUCUUCGCCCCUCCUCCUGGAAGUCCUGGCUACGCUAUUGUCUCUUGCCCACCCAAUGAAAAUUGCUUAAAAAUGGCCUAGACACUAGACAGGCAGAUUUCGCGUGUUCAGAUAGCUAUCAUAAAUUUCAAUUUUUUUAUUUUUUUUACAAGUUCAUUUUGUGUUUAUUUAAUAAGUAACUUUGUCUCAUUUUAAUAAUAUAUAAAAAUACUUACACCAGAAAUGAAAUUAUUUAUUGCGAUUGCAGUAAUCAACUUAUCAACUAAUCAACUGUAGAUACGACGUUAGGUUGUGAUAUGAAUCGUGCGCCCUCCCACCCCAUCCUCAAAGUGAAUGAAAAUUUUCUACAGAUAACACAGUAGGUAGGUGGACUUACGAGUAUCCAACAAAAUACUGCUCACCAUUGCCGCUAAAUUAGAAGGUCAACAGUUGAACAUGUGCGACUGCCAAUAAGAGGGAGAAAAUAGGUUUAUCUGGACACAUUUUUCAUUAAAAUUACUCGUACGAAGCAGCAUUUAGUUGCAGACAAUGUACAGUGAAGAUGUGAUGUUUUCAGUGUUGAGUGGAAAACACUUGUUUGUUAUUUUAACAAUACCUAUGUGCAAUUCUUGAAAUCAAAACACCUACUUACCUACGCAUUUAAAUGUUAUGCACAUAUCAAAUCUGGAAACAUACUUGGUGAAUUUUUCUACGUGACAGCUUCGACCAGUGGAUAGAAGAUUACCAAAUUUGAAUUCAACGACUCGUCAAAUCAAUCAAGUCUGCAAUGGAUGAUCAAUUAGGAAGAUUUUUAAUAAUAGCGAUCAUUGGAGCCGUCAUACUAAUAUUGUUCUUAGUGGCUUUAUGCCGUGCUGACUAUUGCGAAGGUUGUAAUAAGAAUUAUGGGCGAAGAAACGAUGGGACUACCUAUGAUUAUGGCAACAGCAGUCAUGCGUAUUAUGAUGGUGGUGGAGGAGGACAUGAUGGCGGUGGUGGUGGAUUUGAUAGUGGAGGCGGAUGUGAUGAUGGUGGUGGUGGUGGUGAUUGUGGAUGUGACUAGGUAGGUACUCGAGUACCUACCUAGUCACAUGAUCGUGUUGCAAUCACGAUUCUUGAAUACAGAAAUCCAAGUUAUGCAACGAAUUCACCAGAAAAAAAAAUCAAAAAAGUCAGGAAGUUGACGUUAGUCUUAUUAUUAUUAUACAAUUAUCAUUCGUUGGAAGUCAUAAUCACUCAACUAUUGGUUACAGUAGGAAAUAAGAGGAAAUUGAACUAAUAGUGGCAGAUUGCGCCUGUUCAGAUCUUAUCAUAAAUUCAAUUUUUUAUUUUUUUACAAGUUUAUUUUUGUUUAAUAUUUAAUAAGUACUUACUAUGUCUCAUUUGUUUACGUAUAUAGUGUAAGUAAGUAAUAUAAAAAUACUUUACACUAGAAAUGAAAUAAUUCAUUUAUUGUCAUUGACUCAUAUCGCAUUUGCAUAUUAUACAGGUAGGUAUAUUUAAUCCUAGUCAUUGUGGUGCCCAAUAUUUUUCAAAUUUAUUAAAAUGGUAGCAACUGUUACCAUGCGACGUUAGGUUGUGAUUUGGGUCGUGCCCUCUUCACCUCCUCAAGUGGAUGAGAAUUUUCUACAUUAUAAAACAGUACCUAGGUGUGUAGAUGUACUUACAUAUAUGCAUCACAUGUAGGUAUCUCACAAAUUCACCGAACUACCGAAUACUGCUCACCAUUGCAGCUAAAUUUGAAGGUCAACAGUUGAACAUGUGCGACUGCCAAUAUAAGAGGGAGAAAAUAGGUUUAUCUGGACACAUUUUUUAUUAAAAUUACGAGGCAACAGUUGUGUACGCGUACAAUGUAUAGUGCAGAUGUGAUGUUUUGAGUGUUCAAUGGAAACCACUUGUUUGUUAUUUUAACGACAUGUACAAUUCUUGAAAUCAAACUUAUGUAUUUAAAUGCUAUGUGCAUAUCAAACCUUGAAACAGACUUGAUGACGUUUUCUGCGUGACAGCUUCGACCAGUGGAUAGAAGAUUAUCGAAUUUGAAUUUAACGAUUCGUCAAAAAAUCAAUCAAGUCUGCAAUGGAUGAUCUAGGAAGAGUGUUACUAGUAGUGUGCAUAGGAGCCGCCAUGAUAAUAUUGUUCUUAUCGGCUUUAUGCUGUGCUGACACUGCUUGCGGUUGUUGUUUAGAUAAAAAGAAUAAUGGGCGAAGAAACAAUGGUACUAAUGAUGUGUAUUAUGAUGGUGGAGAAGGUGGAUAUGAUGGCGGUGGUGGAGGAUGUGAUGAUGGUGGUGGAUGUGAUAGCGGUGGCGGAUGUGAUGAUGGUGGUGGUGGUGAUUGUGGAUGUGACUAGGUACUUACUCUUAGUUUACACAAUGUGAUCGAUGUUGCAAUUAUGAUACUUGAAUAUAAAAUAGAGGUUAUGCUACAAAUUCGCCAGAAAAAAAAUCAGAAAAAAUGAGAAAGUUGAUGUAAUAGUCACAUUGGAAUUACAAUUAUACCAUCCAUUGGAAGUCACAAUCACUAAACUAUGGCAUAAGUAUACAAAAUAAGAGGAACUUGUUGAUCUGAUAGUGGCAGAUUGCGCGUGUUCAGAUAUCAUAAAUACAAUUUUUUAUUUUUUUACGUUCAUUUGUGUUUAAAAUUUAAUAAGUAUGUCUCAUUUUUUUAAGUAAUAUAAAAAUAUUUACACUAGUAAUGAAAUAAUUCUUUAUUGCAAUCGUCUCAUAUUGCAUAUUAAUAUUAGCAUUCAUAUUAUCAAUUUAGGUAUGCUAUCAACUGUAGAUACGACGCUAUACUGUGAUACGUGUCGUCCACCCCCCCCCCCGUGGUUGAAAAUUUUCUAUGGAUGAAACAGUGUACUUACUUAAACUUAUAUGCAUCACAUGUAGGUAUCUCACAAAGUAACCCAACAACACUUGCCGCUAAAUUUGAAGGUCAACAGUUGAACAUGUGCGACUGCUAAUAGAGGGAGAAUUUAGAUAGGUAUAUAUCUGCAGUCUGCAAACAUUUUUCAUUCAAAUUACGAAGCAACAUUUUAAUAUAGUUGCGUAUAAUGUGUCGUGAAGAUGUGAUGUUUUUUGUUUUGAGUGUUCGGCGGAAACGACUUGUUUGUUAUUUUAAUAAUACUACCUAUAUACCUAUAAUUCUUGAAAUCAAAAUACCUACUUAUUUAAAUGCUACGCGCACAAAAAUCUGCAGGAUACGGACUUGAUGAAUCUUUCUGCAUGCGCAAGGCUGAUCUUGACAGCUUCAACCAGAGGAUAGAAGAUUAGCAAAUUUGAAUUUAACGAUUCAUCAAAUCAACUCAGUCUGCAAUGGACGGUGCAUCAGUGUUUCUAAUAGUGUUCAUUGGAACAAUCAUAUUAUCAUUAAUAUUAGUGGCAAUAUGCCCUGCGGAGUGUUGCGAUGGUUGCGAUGGUACUACAAGUGAUCAGAAUUAUGGGCAUACCCGUAAUUAUCAUUAUCAUAACCACAACAGAAGUCAUGGUCAUGGCCAUCAUUUUGGUGAUACAGAUUAUGAUGGGGGAGAGGGUGGAUAUGAUGGAGGUGGUGGCAGUGCAUGUGAUAGUGGAGGAGGUGGGGGUGGAUAUGAUAGUGGUGGUGGUGGAUAUGAUAGUGGCGGUGGAGGAGGUGACAGUGGAGGUGGAGGGUGUGACAGUGGAGGAGGCGGAUGUGAUAGUGGUGGUGGAUGUGAUAGUGGUGGUGGAUGUGAUAGUGGUGGUGGAUGUGACUAGGUACUCGUACUUCCACAUGAUCGAUGUUACUAUCACGACACCUGAAUACAAAAGUCAAAGUUAUGCUACGAAUUUGUCAGAAAAAAAGUCAAAAACGUUGUCGAAAAUUAGUCACAUUGGUACUUAUUACGAUUGCCAUCCAUUGGAAGUGAUCAUCAUGAUGUUCAUUACUAAACUAUUAUGUUUAAAGUAGGAAAUAAGAGGAACUUAAACUGAAUGUGGCAGAUUGCGCGUGUUCAAAUAUCAUAAAUUUAAUUUUUUAUACUUUC